GCAGAUCCACGCGUGGCUUUAUAAUGACAUUAUGCACAUGUUCAAUAUAUCUGUUUAGGUAAUUUAUCUUUCCAUUUUAUAACAACAAGCUGAAGGUUAUUUGUGUAAAGCAAUAUGUAACUGUGUGCUUGUAAGAUUGUUCACCAAAUUAUUUUCCAAAGAAUAAGUUAUGGCUUAUAAUUACGUUGUUACGGCUCAAAAGUCAACAGCAGUGUCUGCUGUUGUUGUUGGCAAUUUUACUGGAGAAAAAGAUCUCAACCUUUUGAUUGCAAAGAACACACGUCUUGAAAUCCAUCUGGUUACCCCAGAAGGACUAAGACCAUUACUUGAUGUCGGCAUUUAUGGGAAAAUCGCAAGAAUGCAUCUUUUUCGUCCCAAGGGCGAGCAGCAAGAUCUUCUGUUUAUUUUAACAUGGAGAUAUAAAGCACUAAUUCUUAGUUAUAAACCAGACUCUGGUGACAUUAUCACUAGAGCUUAUGGUGAUGUACAGGAUAAAAUUGGUAGACCUUCAGACACUGGAUUGAUGGCAAUUAUUGAUCCUGAGUGUCGUAUCAUUGGUUUACGUCUUUAUGAUGGUUUAUUUAAAGUUAUUUUGCUAGAAUUGGAUUCAUCCAAAGAAUUGAAAGCUUUUAAUAUAAGAUUUGAAGAACUCCAUGUCAUUGAUAUCAAUUUUCUUCAUGGUUGUGCUAAUCCUACUGUUGCUUUUAUUUAUGAGGAUAAUCAUGGUCGCCAUGUGAAAACUGCUGAAGUAUCAUUGAAAGAUAAAGAGUUUUCUAACAUUCCUUGGCAACAGGAAGAUAUUGAAGUUGAAGCAUCAAUACUUAUAGCUGUUCCUAAACCUCUUGGUGGUGUGAUAAUUGUUGGUCAAGAAUCAAUAACCUAUCACAAUGGGCAGCAAUAUCAUGCUAUAGCACCAGCAUCUUUGAAACAAAGUACUACUGUAUGCUAUGGUCAAAUUGAUGCAAAUGGCUCGCGAUAUUUAUUGGGUGAUUUUGAGGGCAUGUUGUAUAUGCUUUUACUUGAGCAACAUGAAGUUAAUGGAGUUAUGGCUGUCAAAGAUAUCAUGCUUGAGACACUAGGAGAGAUAUCUGUUCCUCAUUGUUUGAGGUAUUUGGAUAAUGGCGUUGUUUUUGUUGGCUCUGCUUUAGGUGACUCACAGUUGGUUAAGUUGACUACAAAAGCUGAUAAACAUGGCAGUUAUGUUCAAGUGAUGGACUCUUUUACAAAUCUUGGUCCAAUCAUUGAUAUGGCUGUUGUUGACUUGGAAAGACAAGGACAAGGCCAGCUUGUUACGUGUUCUGGGGCAAGUAAAGAAGGCUCAUUGAAAAUCAUUCGAAAUGGAAUUGGAAUUCACGAGAUUGCAACCAUUGAUCUUCCUGGAAUUAGGGGUAUGUGGGCUUUAAAGAUAUCUGAUCCAGACUCUGAUUAUGAUGACACAUUGAUUUUAUCAUUUGUUGGUGAAACACGAGUUUUAACAUUGAGUGAUGAAGAAGUAGAGGAAACGGAAAUCGAUGGAUUUGCUGGUGAUGAACAGACAUAUUUUAGUGGAAAUAUCUGUGGGAAAAAAAUUGUUCAGGUGACAUCAAGCUCAAUUCGUGUAGUAAGCUGUGAAUCUCUAAAACUAAUUUGUGAAUGGCGUCCUCCAAACAACAAGACGAUUUGCGUGAUUUCGUGUAACAUGGAACAAAUCGUUGUUGCUGUUGAAGAUUUGUUUUAUCUCGAAUUUCAAGAGGAAAAUAUCAAUGAAAUCAGUACGACGACGUUAGAUCAAGAAGUUGCUUGUAUGGAUAUUUCUAUUCCUCAAAAAUCAGAAGAAAAAUCUAAAAUAGUAGUCGUUGGUUUGUGGAUAGAUAUUUCUAUUCGAGUUCUUCAACUUCCAAGCUUGAAUCAAUUAUGUAUUGAAAAUUUGGGUGGAGAUAUCAUUCCUCGGUCUGUAUUGACAGCUGUAUUUGAGGGAGUGAAAUACUUACUUUGUGCUCUUGGAGAUGGAACGUUCUUUUAUUUCAUUAUGGAUAACUCUGGUAGGUUGUCUCUCAGAGAAAAGAAAAUUACUCUUGGAACUCAAGCAGCUAUUCUUAAAACAUUUCGUUCCCUUUCAACUGUAAAUGUUUUUGCUUGUUCUGACCGUCCUACAGUUAUAUACUCCAGCAAUCACAAAUUGGUCUUUUCCAAUGUUAAUCUUAAGGAAGUUGGUUGCAUGUGUCCGCUCAAUACCAAAGGUUAUCCUCAAAGUUUGGCGCUCUCCAAUUCAAAUUCUUUGACAAUUGGAACGAUUGAUGAAAUACAAAAACUUCACAUUCGCUCAGUGCCACUUUUUGAGUCCCCACGUAAAAUUGCUUAUCAAGAAAGUACACAAACCUUUGGUGUUGCAUCAGUUAGAAUAGAAACACAAGAUCCACUCAGCGUUGAAUCAAGACCAUUACGAAACAGUGCCAGUCUUACUGCGCAUAAUAUUACCAAGAAUGUAAGCUGUGGUGAUAGAGGACCACCUACACCUGAUGGAAUCACGUUUGGAAACGAGGUGGAGUGCGGGAGUUUUUUGAUCGUUGAUCAACACACGUUUGAAGUGACGCACUCUUUCCAUCUAAGAGACACGGAAAUUCCUCUCAGUUUGAUAUCAUGUUCAUUGACGAAUGAUCAACAGAAAUAUUAUUGUCUUGGCACUGCAUUUGUUCUUCCCGAUGAAGAUGAACCAAAAACUGGUCGCUUGAUCUUGUUUCAACUGGAUGAUGGAAAAUUGUCUUUAAUUGCCGAAAGGGAUGUUAAGGGUGCAGUUUAUGCUUUGGUAGAAUUUAACGAUAAGAUUGUUGCUGGUAUAAACAGCACGGUCAGUGUAUUUGAAUGGACAACUAACGGAGAACUAAAAGUUGAAUGCAGUUUUCAUGAUAAUGUUCUAGCGUUAUAUAUUAAAUGUAAAGGAGAUUUUGUGUUGAUUGGUGAUUUGAUGCGUUCUGUGAAGUUAUUACUUUACAAACCUGUUGAAGGAUCGUUAGAAGAGAUCGCAGUAGACCACAAUCCAAAUUGGAUGAUGGCAAUUGAAAUACUAGACGACGAAACAUUUCUUGGAAGCGAAAGUUCGUUCAAUUUGUUUACCGUUCAGAAAGAUAGUGGUUGCUCAACUGAAGAUGAACAUGGAACCUUGUCAGUUGUUGGAAAAUAUCAUUUAGGAGAAAGUGUUAAUGUAUUUAGACAUGGCUCUCUGGUUAUGGAACAACUGGGAGAAACAUCCAAUCCAUUUCAGGGGACUGUUAUUUAUGGUUCGAUUUCAGGAUCCAUCGGUAUUAUUGGGCAGAUAUCGCAAAAGUUAUAUGAAUUUCUUCUUCAAUUACAAGUUCAAAUGAAUAAAGUAAUCAAAAGUGUUGGAAAAAUAGACCAUUCAUUCUGGCGAUCAUUUUCCACCGAGCGUAAAACGGAAGAAUCGAAAGGGUUUAUUGAUGGCGAUUUGGUGGAAAGUUUUCUGGAUCUUCCUCGUGCUCAAAUGGAAGAAGUAGCAUCCAACCUGCAGAUGGAGGUGGAAGGAAUGAAACAACAAGCUAAUGUUGAAGAUCUUGUGAAGCUGGUAGAAGAUCUCACAAGGAUACACUAACGAGUAAGAAAUUACUAUACUACGUAUGCUAUAUCCAAAAAAAAUUCCCAAAGCAAUGAAGAACCUUAAAACGUACCACAAAGUGCCGCUUUAACUGGUGGGAAAGUGAUUAGCUUUGACAAAUAGUAAAAUCUAUAAAAUAUUUCAACCCUACUUUGGUUGAUGUAGUUUCAUUGCAACCAGGUCUUUGUAUGUAUUUCGUGGUUUCCUUGUGUUGAUGUGAAAACACAUUACGUAGAAAAAAACUAUAAUUGAUAGUGUUAGUUUUGAGUAUUUUUGGCGUGCAAGUUUUUAGAGUGCAAAAAAGUUGCAAAACUGGCAAAUUUCCAUUGAAACCAAGAUUUAUAAAGGAACGCUUGGAUGGGUGAGCCACACUCACUCAUGCUGUCAUUUAAUAGCAAUACGAACUUUUCAUAGAAAGAUGAGACUACAGAAGAAUAGCUCUCAAUAUUAGCCAAUAUAUGGUCUUUCGUGUGUAUUUGAUACUGUUAAGAUUUGCUUUUCUGCACGGUGUAAUCAAAUACUAUUGUUAAAGAGGAAGUCUUUAUGAAUAAAACUACCCCUUAAAAGUUUGUUGAACGAAUAAAUAAAAAAUACAGACAA